CCACAAUGCAAUAGACCACUGACCUGUAUUUAUUAUGGACCAUUUAUCUGAAUGCUUAUUGAGAUCAGUUUCUGGGGGAACAUAGGGGAUAUUUGGGAUUUCUUUGGGUGAAAUUAGCGGCGGAAAUUGUUUUAGGUCAGAAGAAGUAGUAAACAAACUAUUAAAAAUAUCAUUUUUUUUGUAAAAAUACACUAAAAUGACGGGCGAUUUCGUGAUAAACGAGCCUAGACCAGGCGCAAAUGAUCGCGAGAGGGGCUCAACAUGGCAUGGUAUCUCUGAAUUGCAUCGGGCAGCGUUAGGAAGUGCAAAUGAUGUACGGUCUUUACUAUUGAAAGGUGCAGAUGUGACAGUUAAAAACAACUUUGAAGAGACUGCAUUGCACUAUGCUUGUCAGGCUGGUAACUGGGGAGGUGUUUUUCAACUUUUACUGUUUGGUGCAAACUUGUACGAUCUCGAUAAAGGCGGGCGGUCGUGUGUUCAUCACGCUGCCAGAAGUGGCUGCCUGCUAACAUUUCAGUAUUUAGAGUUUCUUGGUGUGAACCAAUGGCAAAGGGAUAAAAAAGGAAGAACUGUCUUACAUCUUGCAGUGGAGCAUGGCCACAUUGAACUGAUCAAAUAUCUGAUAAAACAAAAGGAUAUUGAUCUACACGUGAAAGACAACAAACAAAGAACAGCCAUGCAUGAUGCUGUUUUGCAAGGCAACAGAGAUGUUUGCUGGAUAUUGGAAUGUGCCAGUGAAGACAGCUUGUUAAAUGAUAAAGAUCAAGGUGGAAAAACACCAAUUGAUUAUGCCACCUCAGGAACAAAAAGUUUACAACUGGUCAAAGCUUUAAGAAGAUGGCAAAGAAUACGAAUGUUAAGUGGCCGUCUUGAAGUCCCAAAAAUCUCAUGGAUUUUUCCUUUAAUUACACCUUCAAUAAGCACUCUACUUAUCGCAUUGAAUAUUUGGUAUUUCAACUCUCGACUUGUGGCAAUUUUUCUUAAUCUUUUCAUAUUUUUCUUCGCGUAUUUCUACGCCAUGAGACCUCAUCGUCUUUGGCACAUAUCAAGAGCACCAAAUACUGGUUUAUUAGGAUGGUUUUUUGGUUCUGUCAUUCUUAGUUUACUAAUUUAUUUCACUCUUCUUCUCCCAAAGAUUUGGCCUGACUUUGGUUACACAAUAUUCUCCUUGUUGAUGGUUCUUUUAUUCACAUUAUCAUUGAGGAGUGUCUAUGCAGACCCAGGUGUUAGCGAUGAUACAAAAUUUGAUGCUGAUGGUAAUCCCAUGGGUAUAAUAGAUGUAGUCAGCGCAAGAUUACGAAAAUGUGAAUACUGUUCGCGAUGCAAGACAGCUUAUCCAAGAAGAACAAAGCAUUGCCGACUAUGUGACUGUUGCUACAAAGGCUUAGACCACCAUUGCUUGUUUCUAAUGACAUGCAUUGCAAUUAAAAAUCAUGGUGCAUUUUUAGCGAUGAUUUUCUCAGUGUUUAUUGCUCAGUUCUCGUAUGUCAGAGGUUCUCUCAUGUAUUUUUGGUCGUAUAGUCAAAGUAACGCAGAAAUGUCUUACUUGGAAGUGCUGGGAACAGAACCAUUGAUAUCUGUAUAUUUAGCUGUCAAUAUGUUAGGCUUAUGGUGGACUUUUACGUUACUUCUGUUCCAAAUCAAAGUUAUUUCUGAAGGUGGCACCACCUGUUUUCUACCAAAUGACGAACUUCGAACAAGAAUUGAUUGUAUUCACGCCACGGGUACGAUAGGAGAGUUGACUGUCAAACAGAGGUUGAGAAAUCUUAAACAGUUUAUAAAUUACUAUUACUUACCUCAAAACAAGGAGGACGUGACACUUCGCAAACUUCAGCAGGUCUAAGCCUGAGAAACACGACUUAGAAAUUGCAUUGCUUCCAAUACUACCGUCCAUCCACUGUCCACCGUUAACAUUCCUCUUUUGCCAAAUUUGCCAUCGUUUUAUCCAUUCGCCAUAUAAGAUCAUGUGUUCCUGGAAAAGUCAAUCACAAGCCAUGCCAGCGAAAAACAGCAAAACAUUUUGUGUUCAGUUGAAC